UGCGUUUCGCAAGACUCAGCUCAAGCAAAUGGCCUGAAUAUAAGAUAUCCCCAAAGCGAGGGUGCAAACUGCCCAAGUUCCCCAUUUGUUCACCAUCGAGUCUUUCCAAGAGGCCAGCACGCCAACAAGGGAGAUCUCAUAAGACGCGAACAGACAACAGAAGAGCGCUUCCUCGUUCACCUUUUCGCUGAGCCAACUAAUUGCAGUCAAUAAAAAUAUUUGUAUAAAGUUGUAGGAACAGUGAGCCAGACGGCGUUCAGGGUAGUAAAGCCAAGGUUUUACCACCAAAGCCAUAUAGCUUGUCAGCAAAUUCAAGAGAUAGUGGCCAGAAUUCCAAACAUGUAAAGCGGGUACAUGUUAUAGUUCGAAAGAGUGUAUACCAGGUUGGAGGUGGCAACUACUUGUCAUUUGUUCAUGUCGCCCUUCGAGGAUCGUUUCUGAGGACCCUGUUGAUGAAUUUCUUCUCUCGCUUUGUGAGUCACCCUUUUUUGUUCCAGAACCACUUGGUUUGCUCCAUGGAGCGAGCUAUCACCAGGACAGACAUCAGAGCGAUGACAAGAAUGAAAACUCUUUCAAUAAUAAAAAACCAUUACCAGCCUGCUAUUCCCAGCAUACCACGCAUCUGCAAAAUUCCUGAAAUCAUUAUUGCUGUGCAAAUUUGAGUCAAAGACAAAACUGCUCAAAAGUAGGACAGCCCGAUUGGAAGUCCGCUAGAAGUAAAGAAGUAAGACAUCCACAAGACCCGUUCCGGAGUAAACCUGUCUUCCAAAAGUAGAAAUGCACCUGUAAAGUAAAAAGAAUGCCUAUUGGUCACUUAGCAUUGUAAAAUCGCUACUAGAGACGCUGAAACCAUCUAAAAAUGGCACCCACUGGUCGACACCCAAUUUCUUGUAAAUCAGCCGCGAGGUGACCUCACUGUCAUGAAAAGCGACAAAAACAAGAUGCUCCCGUUGUUGUCCAUGUCUGGUAAGACCCAAAUCUUAUAGUAAUUUGUCUGCAACCACCUGAGCUAGACUUCCUCAUCAACUUGCAAUGCAACAAACAUGAAGCAAGCAAGCUAAGUAACCUUCAUAGUAAGCUUUUGCCCUAAAUUGGGCUCCUCCUGUAGACUUUGGUCUAGCAACGGAUCGGUGGUGCUCGUGAGCUAGCUACCUCUGCGCUGGGAAACGACAAGUCUGUCCACCCUUCUAUUCUCACUAUCCAGUUCCAUACUCAAACUAGAACUACAGAUUAUCGCCUCCUAUAUCUGGAGGAAGCAUUCAGAUUGUGUUUGAAAUGUUCCCCUAAUUUGGUCUUUGUAGGCAGCUCCAUUCAAACGUCAGAUUACAGAAAUUAAUUUGUAGUCACGGGCUCCAUUUGUCACAUGACAACCGAGCGGCGGGGUGGCUGCGCCGAAAAAAAUAAACCUUUAUAACCGAGUGUUCUGUUUUUUGGGCGGUGCCUUUAAAUAUCCGUGAGUCAUCUGAAAAGUCUAAUUGCGCUUGAAGACAUUUGUAUCCGUUUCGAUUCCCACAAUGUCGCUUAUUACCCCAAAAGAUUAUCCUCCCAGUGUGCAACCACGUACCUUCCAGUCUGUCGCACAGUUGGGUGGUAAAUCACCUCUGGUGGAUCAGUUGAGCUUAUGCGAACUGAAACUAAAAACGUGGUACAACUUCAACCUACAGCUCAUGGACUCCCUUUCGAAUACAUCCUUUUUGCUUGUACUUAUACACCACCAUCAUAAACUGCUUGAGGUUCUUGAGGAACUGUUCAAUACCAGGCGACUUGUGAACUUCACGGUCGGAUCGGUCUCUAGCAGUUGUUUCAGAAACUCUGUGCUCUCUAAUUUGAGAUUAUCGGUGUCCGAAACCCUGGUAUCGAUAAGCAGCACCUAUACUGAUAUUUUCAAGCACGCCCAUUUUCUCGACAUUGAGAAUUUCAAAUGCAUCUAUUCGAAGAUCAACAAGGAAACAUUCAAAACAUCAACAAACAACGAGGACCAGUUAGUGCACAUUAAUUUUGAGAUAUUAGCCAGCUCCAAAAGCUUUUUUCUGUUCAAGAAACUAAAUGGUGUUUUUGACUCCGAUAUCCUUCGAAACGAAGAGUUGGUUCUGCUGAAAAGUAGAAUUGAUAAAUCGAAACCGAAGUAUCGAUACUCAUUGGAAACCGAAGACGACGCUAAAGUGUUGAAAUCACGAAAUUUCCGAGACUUCCAUUACCGUCGCUUGACAGAACUCCGACUUUUAAACAAGAGAAUAUUCUCUUGACUCUCGCAUGUACUUUAUUGGAAAUGCACAUUAAGCAUUUUUUGUGAUUUGUACCGUUACAGUUCCCUCUGAUCUUCAGGAAGAACCCAUCGUUCCCAGCCUUCUCUCAACCUGACCAUCUCAGAUUUCUCUGAGCCAGUCAUCUCCAAUAAAUCCGUUCUCUUCAAAGCUUGUAGAAUCGAAUUGAAAUCCCCCUCGGACAAUAUUUUCACUCUGGAAAACCCUGCUAAAAACGCAACGCUCACAUAUCCUUCGGAAUUCAUAUGUUUUCUGAGAUAAAUAUCUUUUAGUAGGUUCUCCAUGGAGAAGUAGUACUCCAGCUGCUUCGUUAAGCGUCCCACCUUAUUAUCUCCAGAGUUUUCAGCAACACCUGGAUACGUUGGGGAAUAGGGAGCUUGCGAUGAGUACAGUGGGAACCCUGUUGUGGGAGGGGGCAUAUAAUAGGGUUCGAAAUAUGGGACUGGGGAACUUGGAUCUGGGGAUCCAGCGUGAGGAGGAAUUCCAGGCAUCACGCCAUAAUACAAGUUUGGAUCUCCAUAUAUUGAUGGAGAAACUGUUUCCGGGCUGCAGCUAGGGCUUGCAUGCUGAGAAAUACGCUCACCGGUUGCCGAAGUUCUUAGCUCAUCGAUGGAUUUGGGUGAGCUCCUAGAAGAAGCCUGUGAAUUCAAUUGACUGUUCCUCCGCGAUGAAGAGGGCGACAUGGACACUCCAUAAGGUGGUACAGGUGGCAUGUAAUAGGGAAUGUAAUAGGGCGUCGAGGAAAGAAUUGGAUAGGGAGGAAGCGAAGGUAAGUUGGCUGAUGAACGUGAAUACGAACUUCUAUUUUUUUUGGUGUAUCUCAUGUUGUUGCUAUUGAAGCUUUUCCUUCGUUGAUGCUUUUGAAAUUGCGGAUCAUCGAAGUGUUCUGAGUUUUGGUCUCGAGGAUUGGCUGCAACUUCUGUGAAGCCAUUGUCCAGUAUGGCAUCUGACCCGGAAGUAGGAGGUGCAGUCUCGGGCCCUUCAGAGGAACUUAUGGUAAGCUGGGAAGCAAGCUUCGCCAGUGUCUUUUCAUCUGACGUAUUUGUGGCCUCGUUUGUGGCGAUGGACAUAUCUGAAAUUGUCGUAACCGUGGUCGUAUCAUGCACCACAGCUUUAUCUUCUUGCUGCUCAGAAAGCAAUGUUGCCUUCUUGCGAUUAGUGCGUUUACUUUGGUUUUGCUUUGUGUCUUUUUUCUUGGAAUUGCCAUUGGCUGAUUUGAUUUUCGUCUUGGAAGGAGACGAAACCGAAAUUUCGGCCUCCAAAGGCACCCACUUUUGUUUCCCCGUCUUCUUGGCCUUUGCGACAACAGGUUGAACUUGCGGCUUUCCAUUUACUGGUAUGGCCAAAGAGUCAGGUAAUUUAAUGCUUUCAUUUUGUGGAGCUAAGUGUGGCGAGCUCGAUGACUUCUUCCAAGGAUUUACCUCUGGAGGCGGGGCUGGAUGCAAGUUUGACAAUUCAGGACCAGUUGAAGCAAUGUGUGUAGGUGCAGAGUCUCCCAUAAUAAGUAGAUGAGUGGUGCCGUGUUCAAAACUUGAAAUCUAGUUUUGUAUACAACAAGGUAGCGUCUAAGCACUGAUGUCUUUCGCAAACAAAUGGAAAAGACCAAUAGCUUCCUCGAAUCGUUUAUGCCUGCUCGUGGCCCUUUCCAGUGAGCAAUACCUGAUAGGCCAAUAAGUUGAGUUUAGC